UUGUGUACUCGCGGUUCCUGAACGUCUCACUGCCUCUGCGAACUUUCCGACAGCAUGUGAAGGCAGCAAAUAGCUAACCGGUUAGAUUAGCAUUAUGCUAGCACCGCGGUUCGCAGCUCUUGCGAGGGCGCCUCUCGUAACCGCAGUCUGUAAUGGCAUCAUGGACUGAAAGCACCAGGCGUGUCCUCUCCCAGUACAAAUGGAUGUCAGUGAGUGUGUUUUAUCGGCGGGGAGAGCCGUGUUGGACGUGGUGGAGCGGGAGUGGCAGCCCCUGUCUGGGAGCGAGCUGGAGCAUCGGCUAGACCAGGCGGUGGAGGAGAUCCUGGAGUCAGACCUUCUAGCAAAACUGGAAACCCAACCUCCUGCUAUUUAUGUACAGUUACUGCAGAGUCAAGCAAAUACGCCGGUGCAUGUUACACACACAGCAACCACAACAUCCAGCCCCCCGGGGGAGGAAGAGGAGUCUCAGGAGCGGCUGGAUAAUGUGGACAGUGAAGCAGUCAAGCACAUCUCAGAGCUGCUGCAGAGCUCCAAAUCCAGGGCCCGAAUGGCUGGACGAGCCCGCUUAUCUCUGUCCCACACCGUCCUCUUGUCUCUCACCCUGCUGUCCGAGCGAGUCAGCUACCGCUCUGUGUCCCGCCGCUUCCAGCUGGAGAAAGGAAACAUCCACAGGAUCUUCUUUUCGUUCUGCGACCGCAUCAACAUGAUGGAGGCGAGGCAAAUCAGAUGGCCAGUUGGCAGAGAGGCUGUAGAAGCACUGUUCCCGUUUUCCAGUCUUCUUGUAAAAGACAAGCAGAAAGAGGCACAAGGAGUCCUUCAGGUCCUAGGAGUGUUGGGACACACCCGGAUCCCUAUUCGCUUGCCUAUAGGGAAAAAUGAUGUCGAGAGCAUGGCCCCUGAGCUGAAGAGAAUGAAGACGGAGGCCCAUCCUGACUCUUGGCUAAACCUUGAGCUUGUGUGUGACCACAGGGGCAGGUUCAUACACUGCAGAAUCAGUAAAGGGUCAGAUGUGGAUAGAGGCAGCGCUCUGAGAGACAGGCUUAAACAGCAUCCUGAACUGAUGCCCCUUGAUUCUUGCCUUGUAGCCAGAGCCGGCUACCCACUCACUGCUCAGGUUUUAACGCCAUACACGGGAAGUCAGGGCCCAAGAGAAGAACUCUUCAACAAGACGUUGGAAGGGCAUUUUCAGAUCCUAGAUCAGACUGUUGCCAACCUUAGAGCCAGAUUUCAAAGACUCAGGUAUCUGGAUAUUGGAAACUUUGAACGAGCAAAAGCUGUGGUGUUGACUGCCUGUGUGUUACAUAAUGUGUUUCUGGAAAUAGGACAAGUAGUUCAAGGAGAGUUUGUGGACAAGGAAGCAAUAACCCAAGAAAAAGAGGGGCCGGUAGAUGACGGUGGCGUACGCAGACGUGACAUCAUUGCAGAUUUGCUGUUUGAACAAGUGGAUUCUGAAAGAACAUGAUGUUACAAUGCUUGCAGGAGGCCUUAUGUAAAUAACAUGUUUCCCUUUAACUUUAGGAGACGAUAGUUUUUACGAUUUGUUUACAAGAAACAAUCCACAGCUGCAACCAGUUUUCUGCCAUAUUUGUGUUACAGUUUAUAAAUGAGAACUAAAAACAAUAUAAUAAAACCAAUGAUAUGAA